CCUAACCGGAAAAGUUAUUUCUUCACACCGUUUUCUUCACACCGUUUCCGGUGAUUUCUUCAAGCAGAUCUGAGCCGAUAACAUCCUUUCCCAUCCGUCAACCAUCUCCAUCUUUUCUCCCUUCAUCUCGUCACUUCCGUUCCUCGCCUCCUCCUGUCCAGAGUCUCAGGAUUGAGGAAAGUAGUGAGGCAUAGAUGAGCAGCGGCGAUGAGGAGACAUGGCUUAACUUCAACUUCCAUGGAGUUCGGCGGUGUUCAAGCUCGAGGGAGAAGAUGGAGUCGCGGGAGAGAAGAUAGAUUUGGUUCAGAGACGAGGGAGGAGAUGGAGUUGGAUUCAAAGAUAAGUCUCUUACCUCUUUCUCACAUUUAGUUUUAUUUCUGAUUUAAUGUAUUGAUUAUGGAGGAAACCACAGUAUUUGGUCUCUGGGCUGGAAAAGGGACAAUUUGUUGCAGAAAUUGAAACUUAACACUCUCAUAUCAUGACUAUAUAUUAUAAAUAUAUAUGUAUAUAUAUCUAAACGUUUAAUACACUUUUUCUCGGAUUUAGGAAGCCAUAGUUUUACCUCCCUUUGUUGCGCUGGCGAUUCGUCCCUGACCUGGUGUUAGAGAAUACGUCCGUGUGAAUGUCUACGAGCUGAGCGUAGAUCAUUUAACUGUUUCUGAGUAUCUUCGGUUCAAGGAAGAGCUCGUUAACGGCCAUGCCAAUGGGAACUAUCUUCUUGAGCUUGAUUUUGAACCGUUCAACGCAACGUUUCCUCGUCCAACUCGGUCAUCAUCCAUUGGGAAUGGGGUUCAGUUCCUCAAUCGUCACCUCUCGUCAAUCAUGUUCCGUAACAAAGAUAGCUUGGAGCCUUUGCUUGAGUUUCUCCGCACUCACAAACAUACAGCUUUGUGUUUUGCUUCUUGAAGCUGUAACUGGACGAGAUCCGGUUGAUUAUGGACGUCCUGCUAAUGAGGUGAAUCUUGUUGAAUGUCUAAAGAUGAUGGUUGGAACAAGAAGAGCUGAAGAAGUUGUUGAUCCAAGACUUGAACCUAGACCGAGUAAAAGGGCUUUGAAUCGUGCACUUUUGGUUUCACUUAGAUGUGUUGAUCCUGAAGCAGAGAAACGUCCUAGAAUGAGUCAGGUUGUUCGGAUGCUUGAAUCUGAGGAACCCCCUUUUGGACAGGAGAGGAGGAACAGGAAGAGUAGAACAGCAAGCAUAGAGAUCGUUGAGACUAAAGAUGAAUCUCUUUCCCCUGCUGGCACAAAGACUCGCAUUACAGAAGUCUUGUUUGUACGGAUCUUUUUUUUUGUCUCUGAUAAUAAUGAUGUGACCAUUGACCAGUGAGAGUGUAGUGCAGAAAAAAGGACCGAUGAGCACUGACAGAGUAGUGCAACACACGGUGGUCCUGGUCCACCACCCGAUGACUAAUCCAUCUCACACAGUUUUACUUCUAUGUGUAUAUAUAGCAAUAAGUGGUUUCUUGAUAUUGUCUUUAGAACAUAUAUAAUCAUUGUAAUAUCUCUUUAUAUAAAUGUUGUUUAUCAAUGUGAUGAUCUUGAAUGGUUUAAUGAUAAAGUUGUUAAGCCGUGUGCUUAUUUUA